AUGUCAGCAGAAGCAGGUCCAUCUCGAAGACCAAGGACGAGCAACGACCAUCACCACCAUCGUCACCACCAUGAUGAAGAGGAAGAAGAUCGUAGUAAUCUACCUACACAGAAGAGGAGGAAGAUAACCGACGUCAAUGAGAUAUUCGAGAAGCCAGAUUUGCAGGAACAGAUCAGGUUGAGUAGGGAGUAUAGAGCAUUACAGAAUGAGGCUGACGAACUACGAGCCAAUCUUGCCAAUUCGACGGCCCAAGAUUUGAUAAAAGCAAUAUCGAAACAAGAAAACCUGUUCCUCGAUGUGAGAGAUACAGGUAUAGGAACAUUGGAUGCUAAUUUGAUGAAGACCAAUACGGAAAACGCGAUGGCUCUGGCAAAGACAUUCAAGAUUGAUGGAGUCAAUUUUGAUAUAGACGAGUUUCUCUUAAAGGUUAAAAACCACCUAGGUCUCGACCGAAUGGAACUCGACGAUCAAGAUGGAUCUUCUUCCGCCUCGACCGACGAAGAUGAUGAGUUGGACCAAAGUCAAACUCAGAAUAGAGCAAGGAAUGGAACUGGUCAUAGAGGUGCACGUAAGGGUGUAUUGGGAGAUUGGGAGAAGAUAGGUUGGAUGGCGGCGCAAUCCAACAGGAGGAUAUUUGGUAUUGAAUUCAUGUACGGACCAUUAUCGAAGAUCCAUGAGAAAAGAAAAGUAGGACCGAAGCAGAAGAGGAAACCGUUAGCACCUGAGAUACGACCAGAGGAAGUUCAAAAUGAAACUCAGGGUAAGAAAAAGGCGAAAGAUGAUUUUACAUCAAACGUUAAGAUGGUCAAACAUGUUCUUCAAGAAUUAGAUUCAGAUGGUGAAGGUGUCAACUUUUUCCAAUUCGUCAUUAAUCCAGACGAUUUCGGUCAAUCGGUAGAAAAUUGUUUCUUUGUCAGUUUUCUAUUGAAUCAGGGUUUAGCUGGGAUAGAAGUGAAUCCUGAUGAUGGGGAGAUAUUAAUUAAAGAUACAUUGCCCCAUGAUGAGAUAGAUAAUGACAUAAUCAUAAAAAACCAAGCUGUUGUAGAGUUAGAUAUCAGAACCUGGGAGGAAGCAAAACGUAUAUUCAAGAUAAGUGAAUCUGCUAUACCUCAUAGAGAUUAUAGUGCGAUCCGAACCCAGAUGGCUGGCAAUGCAUGGUACGCCUAG